GUGGCUGCUGGCUCGGGUCGGCUCGACUCGGAGCUCCGCGGCUCUCCGAUUUGUUCAAAGGAAACGCGUCCCAGCGGAUGAUAUCGUGAUUAACCGGGACUGCCGACAUUUGGAAAGGUCACCCGUGAGCGCAGAGACAGGAGACGCGUUUUAAAGCGCUGCAGAAGAAAAGGCAGAAGAAGGCGAAGCGGUAGGUACAUGUGCAGUGAGCUUCGGCUACGAAAGCAGUCCAGGGCACGAGCCAAAGGAGCACACACCCACCAGCAGACAGCAUUCUUCAACAGAUCCGGGACUGCGAUCAUCUGAGGCACUGAAACCAGCAGAUAAACUUCCAGAAAGAUCCUGUGCUCGCACUUUUACACCCUUGAGCAGGCUGCAGUCAGAAGGCUCUCACACAGCUAAGCCAGUGACUCACCCAGUCUGCAUCUCUUGCUGAGCCAUUAUUACCAUGGAAACCCCGAGCCAAAAACGCACCAGCCGCAGCGCCGUCUCUCCGGCCCGCAUCACCAGGCUGCAGGAGAAGGAAGAGCUGUGCAACCUCAACGACCGGCUGGCCGUGUACAUCGACAAGGUGCGCUCCUUGGAGUCGGAGAACGCCGGGCUGCGGUUGCGCAUCAGCGAGUCUGAGUCCUCGGUCACCCGCGAUCUGUCGGGCAUCAAGACGGCCUAUGAGACGGAGCUGGCGGAUGCCCGCAAGACUCUCGACCAGGUGGCCAAGGAGCGAGCACGCCUGCAGCUGGAGCUCAGCAAGAUCAAGGAGGAGCACAAAGAGCUCAAAGCCAGGAACACCAAGAAGGAGUCUGACCUGGAGGCAGCUCUGGUCAGGUUGAGGGACCUAGAAGCCCUGCUCAACUCCAAAGAUGCUGCCCUCAGCACUGCCUUGGGGGAGAAGCGAACCCUGGAGGCAGAGGUGAAGGACCUCAAGGCCCAGCUGGCGAAGUUGGAAGUAAACUUGGCUGAUGCCAAGAGGCAGCUGCAGGAUGAGAUGCUGAGGAGAGUGGACGCCGAGAACCGCCUGCAGACCCUGAAGGAGGAGCUGGAGUUCCAGAAGAACAUCUACAACGAGGAGCUGCGUGAUUCCAAGCGUCGGUUUGAGUCCCGCAUGGUGGAGAUUGACAGCGGGCGGCAGCAGGAGUUCGACAGCAAGCUCGCCGAGGCUCUGAUUGACCUUAGAGCCCAGCACGAGGAGCAGGUCCGCCUCUACAAGGAGGAAAUCGAGAAGACCUACAACUCCAAGUUGGAAAAUGCCCGUCAGUCAGCUGACAGGAACAGCAACUUGGUGGGAGCUGCCCAUGAAGAGCUGCAGCAGACCCGGAUCCGAAUGGAGAGCCUGUCAGGCCAGCUGAGCAAGCUGCAGAAACAGCUGUCGGCAAGUGAGGCCAAGACGCGGGAGCUUGAGGAGGCUCUGACACGCGAGCGCGACCUGAUGAGGCGACGGCUGGAGGACAAAGAUCGGGAUAUCACUGAGAUCCGAGCCCGGAUGCAGCAGCAGCUGGAUGAGUACCAGGAGCUGCUGGACAUCAAACUGGCCCUGGACAUGGAGAUCAAUGCUUACAGGAAGCUGCUGGAGGGAGAGGAGGAGAGGCUGCGUCUGUCACCCAGUCCUCCACCCACAAAAGUCACGGUGUCGCGGACCUCUGGCUCAGGCCACUCCCAGACCACUCGGGUGCACCACUCCUCCUCCGCCGCUGCCUCCAGCAGCCGCAACUCCUCUGGGAUGAGCGUCUCAAAGAAGCGCCGCCUCAACGACAAUGACAGCGAGACCUCCAGCGUGACAGGAAACACUGUGACCAAGACUCGCAUCAGUCAGCAAGCCUCGGCCAGUGGACGCAUCACGGUGGACGAGGUUGAUAUGGAGGGAAGAUACAUCCGUCUCAGCAACAAGGCUGAUGAGGACCAAUCACUGGCCAAUUGGCAGGUGAAGAGACAGGUUGGGAAUUCAACCCCAAUCAUCUACAAGUUUCCCCACAAGUUCACUCUGAAGGCCGGCGGGACUGUGACUAUCUGGGCUGCAUCUGGUGGUGGAACCCACAACCCACCCACUGACCUGGUGUGGAAGAGCCAGAACUCUUGGGGUACUGGCGACCUGCUGCAGACCUCCCUCAUCAGUGCUAAUGGAGAGGAAAUGGCCAUGAGGAAAGUGACCCGCACCCUGUUCCAUGACGAUGAUGAAGAUGAUGACAUGGGAGCUCACAGCACAAGUGGCGCAGACAACGAGUACAACCUGCGCAGCCGCAAGGUGAUCUGCGACUCCUGCGGGCAGCCGAAGGAGCGCGGCGGUGGUUGCAGCAGUCUAGCUGAAGGCCUCCCAGGACAUUCCUACUUCAUGGGCACCAAUGAGCCCAGACAGGGCCGUAUGAAGCCGGAGAACUGCUCCAUCAUGUAAAAACCAGACAGCACCUCACCUGAACCCAGCACCUCCUGCAGCCCACAGGGGAGAAUGAUUUUUCUACCAUCGGGAUGUUUGUCUUUAUUUUUUUAUACGAUUGUGUCUUAUUUUGUAUUCAGAUUAUUCUGCGGGUUAGAUUUGCUUUGAGGUUUCGGCUGAGGGCGUAGGAUUUUCACAUAUAGCUUUCAAGUUUGUAUAUUCAGCUUAUUUUACUGCAUGUUUGCUGUUUGCUCGUGCUGUUCUCCGCUCUGCUUGCACACACACACACACGCACACACAGCUCCAGUGACCAGGGCUUGUGCUUCGAUCCGAGACGGGGUUUCACAUUUAAUGGCCAGGCUGUCAACACUCAACACGCACAGCUAGUGGACCCUAUCAGGAAAACAGCCGUACAGGCGAGAGGAGGAUGGAUCCUCUGGGGUUUGUUAAUCAUGUUUGUUUCCCAUCAAACAGAUCAAUUCUUUAUUUAAAGCCAAUGUUUACAACUAAAACAUUUUUUGGAGCAGUAUUGUGCUAUAUUUAUGGAUAAAAUAUUGUAGGAAAAGUCUCCAGAGAAAGCCAAAGCGAUGUAAGCUCAGGUUUUUUUGUUUGUUUUUUUCACCUUAGCCUUAAACAAACGGGGUGUUGAUAUGUUUUCUAUGUGAUGCUGUCGGGCAGCUGUGGUGCACACAGAGAAAAUAAGUAUUUGAGAUGAAUAUAUGUACACGGCUCGCUCCCCAACGAAUGUAUUCAUUAUGUUUUUGGAAUGUUUAAAGAAAUAAGGGAAUUAUUGGGUAAUGUGUCUGGUUAAGUCCUUCUUGGCUUUGAAUGUGUUUAAUCAUGAUGGGAGAGAUUUA